AUGUCGAAUGAACGAGUGUGGCAUUGGAUAAAAGGAAUCUCUGGCAGGAUCCUUAGAGGUUUGCUGGCCUUUCUUCGAGUGCUCUUGGCUGGAGGCGUUCGAGUGUAUGACAGGUUAUGGGAUGUGAUUGCUCAGGCUGGAGCUGAAACGGGCCUCCUGGCUCUGAGUCUGUGCGUCAAUCGGAGUAUUCACCUAUUGGAACGGGUCUUUUGGCUGGCUGUCGUUAUAAGCAGUGUGAUUGCCGCUCUGGUGCUCAGUCGCUUUCAGCUGGAACGCUAUUUCAGCUCACCUACCGUGAUAUCCGUGGAUCGGGACUAUCGUGGCUGGAAUGGAUCCCUGCCCGCAGUUACCCUCUGCUACUACGACCACAUCGAUUCCUUUAAGGCCAACGAGUAUAUACAGGAGGUGUGGAAUGUGUCCAUUAUCGACGAGGACUAUUUCUACUUUAUGGACUUUCUCUAUGCCGUGGUGAAUGCCACGGCGGGUAACUACGCGGAAUUGGCCAAGUUCUCUGAGGAUGAGCGGUUCGAUCAGAUUGAUCUGUAUGACAUGAUCCAGAGGGUGGACAGACCCUUUGAGCAGGUCAUCAGUAGCUUUGACUCCGGUUUUAAGGUCCAUGUUCAGAGGGUGAUGACUGAGCGAGGAUCCUGCUACGCCAUCAACUCACCCAUGUCCACGGUGCUGAGUGGCCAACCCGUUGCCUAUGAGCUGAUGCCGCAGCCCUUGUCUUGCCAGUACGGCAAACAACAGUGCUAUAUCCGGAUGGAUCUGUACGAAAGUACGGGCGUGCUAGACGUCCACUCGCCAUUUGAGGUUUCGGCCACAGAGGCGAACAUUGUGGCCCUGCACAAAUCCGACGAGAUAACGGCCUCGUUCAAGGUGCUCGAAACGGUGGCAUCGAAAAAUUUACGCCAACUGAGCGUGGCGCAGCGCAAGUGUGUGUUCAACAACGAGGAGACGUCCAACCUGAAGAUCUAUAGUAAAUCCCUGUGCCUGGCCCGAUGUCGUGCCGUGAUGGCUCUGGAGAUGUGCAACUGCGUGCCGUUCUUCUAUCCGUAUGUCGAGGGACCCAGUUGCAAUCCCGCCGGGUUCGAGUGCCUGAUGGACUUCAAGUGGCCCAUCUGGGCACUCCACAUCUGCAAGUGCCCCUCCACCUGCACGGAGAUUGAGUACACCAUGCAGACGGUGAAGAAGAGCUCGUGGGGCGUCAAGAACAACGAGGAGGUGGCCAGCAGCGAGACAGCCACAUCCAGUUUCCGCUGGGAUCUAAUCCCCCCGAAGGUUCGAAUGCGACGGGAUGUGGUCUACAGUUUUGAGGAUUUAGUGGUAUCCUUUGGAGGCGUCCUGGCCCUGUUCGUCGGCGUCAGCGUGAUGGGACUGGUGGAGAUGGGCCAUGUGCUCAUUUAUAACUGCUUGAUGGACAUCUUUUCCAUACUCCGCAUGGUUUUCGGCCGUUUAAGGCGCUGUUGGCGAAGAGUAGACCACAAGACGGAGGCGAACCACCUCAACAGCCGACUGCACCACCUCAACGACCGCCUCUCUUUGGCCGACACCGCUGAACUGCCGCCGUUUGACUAUGUGAAUUGA